AUGCUACAGCCACUUCCAGAGUGGAAAUGGGAGGAGAUAUCUAUGGACUUUGUGACAGGGUUACCUAAGACCACGAAACAGCACGAUGCAAUCUGGGUAAUAGUUGAUAGUUAUCAGUCUAUCAUUGGGGUAGCUCCUUAUGAAAUGUUGUAUGAAAGAAAGUGCAGGUCCCAACUCCAUUGGGAUGAGUUGGUCGAAAGUAAACUUCUAGGGCUAGAUGAUGUUCAAUGUACUAAUGAGGCUAUUCAAAAGAUCAGGGCUAGAAUGGUCACAGCUCAAAUCAUACAGAAAUCUUACGGAGAUCUGAGGCGAAGACAUAUUGAACUUGAGGUUGGAGAUCAUGUGUUUCUUCGCGAGACACCACGGGAAAGGAAUAUCAGUGAAAAGGUUUGGCAAGAAAGGGAAGUUGAGUCCCAGGAAGAUUUGUCUUUCGAUGAGUGUCCGGUGAAGAUUCUUGAUUGGAAGGACAAUGUCAUAAGGAAUAGGACUAUUUUCUUAGUGAAAGUGAUGUGGAAGAACAAUGUUGUUGAGGAAGCAACCUGGGAACUCGAAUCAUAUAUGCUACAAUAG